GACAUUCGCACGUUGAUGUGUAAUGACCGAAGAAGUCGAGUGGCUUGGCGGUGUCAUGGCGUCUCCCAUGUAAAUCCAAGCGCGUCGCAAGUUUUCAUCAUUUAUAACUCCAUUUCAUUUUAUGCAUAACGUGUUGAAGUUAGCCAAGUGGCUCCCAAAUCCCAGGACCAAAAAUGAGCACUCAAUAUAGCAUUCUUUUCAAGCAAGAACAUGCACACGAUGAUGCUAUCUGGACGGCAGCAUGGGGUAAAAGUGAGGCCGAUAAGACAGAGACUAUUGUUACCGGCUCUCUAGAUGAUACAGUGAAAGUCUGGAAAUGGUCAGAUGAGAAGCUCGAGUUACAGUGGACUCUGGAGGGCCACCAACUGGGUGUAGUAUCGGUGGACAUCAGUCACAAUGGAGCAAUUGCUGCCUCAAGCUCUCUUGAUGCUCACAUCCGUCUGUGGGACCUUGAUUCUGGAAAACAGAUCAAAUCCAUGGAUGGAGGUCCAGUUGAUGCAUGGAGUGUUGCCUUCUCCCCUGAUUCAAAAUACAUCGCCACAGGAAGCCAUCACGGCAAGGUCAACAUCUUUGGAGUGGAAAGUGGCAAGAAGGAGUAUUCCCUGGACACUCGAGGAAAAUUCAUUCUGAGUAUAGCCUACAGCCCUGAUGGAAAAUAUUUGGCCAGUGGAGCCAUUGAUGGAAUCAUCAACAUCUUUGACAUUGCUACUGGAAAGCUACUCCAUACGUUGGAAGGUCAUGCCAUGCCCAUCAGAUCACUCACCUUCUCACCAGACUCUCAGCUCCUGGUCACAGCUUCAGAUGAUGGUUACAUUAAGAUAUAUGACGUGCAGCAUGCCAAUCUGGCUGGUACGCUGAGCGGACAUGGAUCCUGGGUCCUUAAUGUGGCAUUUUCUUCAGAUAAUACCCAUUUUGUCUCAAGCUCGUCUGACAAGAGUGUGAAGAUUUGGGACGCCGGCACCAGAUCGUGCAUCAACACUUUUUUUGACCAUCAGGACCAGGUUUGGAGUGUAAAGUACAACAGCACUGGUUCAAAGAUCAUCUCUGCUGGAGAAGACAGAGCCAUCCACAUCUACGACUGUCCCAUGUGAUGGACAAUUUGUGAUUUUCUGAGUUCUUCAUUUGAAGGAUGGUCUUGAUGAUAGAAGUUAAAGAGCUGUAAACAUGGAUCAUUUUGCACUGGCCCACUGCGGUCAAAUAAAAGUUGUUUUUUAUUUC